ACCAAGAGAUUGAAAGGCUAAGGAAAAAUCACAUUGUCCGGCAGAGAAUCGAAGAAGAAACAACAACACUCACAAGAUCCUCUUUUGUCCGUACUGAAAACACGAUGGACAUUUCUGUUCGAAUCUCCUCCGUCUUAAGAUCAUCUAAUCUCUGUCUGAUUUCCCCUAGAUCAUCAUCUUCCUCUAGAUUCCUCUGCUCCAAAAGAACCCCCGACGAAUCUCCCAAAAACGACAACGGUGAUAAUAGAUCGUCGAGGGACUGGGACAAAGCGUGGAAGAGUUUCAAGAAACAGAGCAAGAAGACGUUCUUCUCUCAGUUCAACGUCGACAAGUACGUGACGUGGAAUCCUCCGAGAUCGGAGUUUCCGUUGUCGGAAGAAGUUGAUCCAAUCAAAAGAACAGAGAGAUCUAAUCUCAUGCUUUGGACAAGUCCAAAGUUCACACUAGUCGGAGCCAUCGUCAUUGUCUCUUUCCUCCUUCUCUACACCAUCCUUGCUCCUGUCAAGUAAAUAUCAUUUUUUUUCCUCAUACACUGCAAAGGCGAUUCAUGAUCUUAGUGGUGUAAUAUUCAGCUUCUGAAUGUGUUCCUACUGUUUAUAUACAGCACUUUUUUACCAAUCAGAUUUUGAUUUCGGCAAA